AUGCGUCGGCUUUAUCUUCGCUUGUUUCUGGGACCGCUACCGCACAUUUUAGUCUGUCUCGAGACAGUUCGUAUCGAUACUCUCAGCCAGAAGAAGAAGACGAAAGAUAGGCUUAAAGAGUGUAGUCAUAGCGAGUACAAUGCACUCGAUGACUUGUUAACACAGACUAACAAGGCGAACAAGACUGCAGUCAAACUACAAAUGCAUCUCAACCCGGAUUCUGUGUUCCACAAACGUUGCGACGGCAAGGAACUCCGGAAACUAGUAGAAGAGGCCAACCGUCUGGUUUCUUCUCUCCCUUUCGAAACUUCCGAGGACUUAUUGGAUGACCUAUCCCUCGCUGUCAAGGGGAUCGUAACCAAACAUUCAUAUGCAGGCAGACACACAAAGCCGAAGCUCAAUGUCGACGACUUGUUUUACUAA